GCAAGAAACUGCUGGAUCAGGACAAAGCUUUGAAAAUAUCCUCAGACUUCUGUGUUCCCUGCUUCAACAUCAAGCGCAGCUUCGAUGCUGUGUGCAAGCAACAAGGCACCAUCGAUGCCAUGAACGACCUGAAAAAGAACAACCAAACAGAGUGGGUGCAAGUCUUGCAAGAAUUUGCAAGGAAGAGAAGCGGCAAAUCGGGAAAGAAGAUCAAUUUCGACGUCAGCUCCCACAUCGAAUCUGUGAAGAAGGCGAAAGUCAAAGAAGACGAUCUGGUGUACAAACCUCUCCUGCUGGGGGAGUAUCUCAGACACUUUCGUGGUCUUCCCCCUCCGUUUACCCUCACGGAGUCCCAAGCCAUUGCUCAAUGGCACCGCGAUCUGUCUAACCCGGACAUCAAAAAGACAUGCAAGGAGAUGUUUAAUCCAAGCUCCAAGAAGAUGGAAAACUUCACCCGUGUGCAUGUGUUGAUUGACGAGUUGGAGCACCGCAAGGCGGUGGUCGAGAAGUCGGAGCAAGUCAACCGAACGUCGACGACGAAAUCGCCCGGGGUACACGCCGAGUACAUGGAUCUCCUGAGACAACAGGACUGA